AUGAACUGCCAGACACGUGUCUAUGUUCACGGUGUCUGGGAUCUCUUUCAUUACGGUCACGUGAAAUUUCUCGAGAACGUAAAGCUGGCUAUGCCUGGCACGUAUCUUAUCGUAGGGGUAGUAGGCCAGGAAGGUCUACCUUCCUGCAAGAAAUCAGCAGUCAUGUCUGGAGCUGAGAGAAGCGAAAUGGUACGCGCGUGUAGAUAUGUCGACGAGGUCAUGGAUGACUGUCCCUAUUUCCUCCCACCUGACUUUGGGUCUCAGUUAUACAUCGAUUACUAUGGUUGUAGCGAAACAGCCUUAGCAAAAGCACUCUUCAAUCCCUUCAAGUUCUUGGAGGGACGAAGCAAAUUUGUGGUAAUUCCAAGGACUCCGCACGUCAGUUCGGCAGACAUAAUCAAGCGGAUCAUGGGCAAGUGCGACACAUAUUCUUGA